UUCUCUUUAAUAUUUCUGCUUACUCAUUUGAAUCAACAGCACUACACAUCCAUGAACCCAGAAACAUAUGUCAAGAGAGAACUGGAGAAAAGAAAAAGAUUAAUAGAAAGUGGAGAGACAUAGAGUGCUCUGAUUUUCAAGAAUAGAAAAUUGGGCUUCGUUCAGAUUUGAUUAUAAGUGUUGUUUUGUGGCGAAGAACUCUUGGGAAUCUUUUUCCCAGGCUCCUCUGGUUUUGGAGCUGUUAUUGAUAGUGCUCGAGUUUCAGGCCAACCAAGUUCUCGGGAUUCCCGCUUUGAAGUUAUUGAGACAGAUCCACGUGAAAGCAGCUCAUGUUUUCUGGGUGAUCACUUUGUUAAAUUUGAUGAGUUUUCCGAGAAAAUAUUUUUUCCAGUAGCUACUUUCUUGGGAAACAAACAGAUUGGAUCCUUGUAGGCACUUUGAUACUAACUACUGAUCUGAUUGAAAACUUUCCUUUUUUACUGUUGGAGAAGGGAAAUGGAAUCAGAUCUUCAACGCCGGAAUCAUUAUCAUCAACCUCAACAACAUCAAAAACAGAUGAACUCUGGCUUGACGAGGUACCAAUCUGCACCCAGUUCAUAUUUUUUGAGUAUAUUGGACAAAGAUUUCUGUCAGGAGAUUCUAAACCGGCCGUCGAGUCCCGAAACAGAACGAAUUAUUGCCCGGUUUCUAUCGAGCGGCGACGAUGCUGGUGGCGGAACCGGGGAUAAUCAGGAGAACGUUUCCGACCAGAAUCUCGGCUCGAUAAUGCCGAAUUCACCCGUCAGGGAAAAGACAGUAAAAAUCGAGCCCCAGACUAUGACACAAACGAAUAAUCAAACAGGGGUUAUUCUUCAGCAACAGCAGCAGGGGAACUAUUCCUCUGCUCCACAGAAUUUUUAUCAAAGCCAACCAAAUUCAACCAUGGAUAACCGGAUUCCGAGCUCGACGAAGAUGGGAAAUUGCAAUAAUUCGAGUCUUGUUCGGCAUAGCAGCUCCCCUGCAGGGCUAUUCUCCAAUAUAAACAUUGAAAAUAUUGCAGGCUAUUAUGGAAGCAUUAAUAGCAUUAACAUAGAAUCAGCACUUCCUUCGGCAAGCAGGCUGCCUUCCUCGGGGUUUCCUGUUUCGUCUUGGGACGACUCAAUGAUGGUUUCCGAUAACAUGUCCGGCGUAACAAGACUCAACGAAGACGGACGAUCGCUUUCCGGCAUAGAAUUCGACGGAGCAGAAACUCAGAAUACGAUGGGGGCCAGAAACCAUCCGCCGCCACUUUUGGCUCAUCAUUUGAGUUUACCGAAGAGUUCGCCGGAUAUGUCUGCCAUCGAGAAGCUGUUGCAGCAUCAGGAUUCGGUUCCGUGCAAGAUCCGGGCCAAGAGAGGGUUUGCCACUCAUCCUAGAAGCAUUGCUGAGAGGGUAAGAAGAACCAAAAUAAGCGAACGCAUAAGGAAGCUUCAAGACCUUGUUCCAAACAUGGAUAAGCAAACGAACACUGCCGACAUGUUGGAUUUGGCUGUUGAAUAUAUAAAAGAUCUCCAAAAACAGGUGGAGACACUGUCGGAGAAUCGAGCAAGGUGCUCGUGUGGUUACAAGCAGCAGCAAUAA